AUGGAGGAUACUGAGACCGCAUCUGUAUCCAACAUGUCGCCACACCCCCAAAAGCUGGUCGAUCGAGUCACGCAAGACCUGUCUCCUGAUGAGCUCUUGCUCCGUGCGCAGGGACAUCAUGGCGAACUACCACGCCAAUUCUCCAGCUUUGCGGCCUUGUCACUAGCCUUUGUCAUUACUAAUUCCUGGCUUGGGUAUUGUGCUAGUUUUGCUGUCCCUCUUCUAGCAGGCGGAGGGCCGGGAGUCUUUUGGGGAGUCAUAGUCGCUGCAGUAGCUUGCCUGAUAAUCACCGCUGGUCUCGCCGAAUUGGCCUCGGCAUAUCCUUCUAGUGGUGGACAGUACCAUUUCGCAUUCAUGGUAUCAUCUGCUAAGAGCCGAGCAAUUGCUGCAUUUAUCACUGGCUGGCUCAGUACGUUGGCAUGGUGCCUUACUACAACAUCUGCGGCUAUAUACUGUGCUGAGAUUGCCCUGGCUCUGGCAUCGCUGUUCCAUCCUAGCUACGUACCAACGCAAUGGCAAACGUACUUGAUCUAUCUGCUGCUUCUUAUACUUGCAGGCCUGCUUGUAUGCUUCGCCUCUCGUUUGCUGCCAAGUCUAGAGAAGUUCUUCUUUUGGUGCAGUUUACUAGCUUUUGUUGUCAUGUUUGUUACCAUGCUGGUUGCAAGCGGAAAGAAACAAUCAGCAGAAGUUGUAUUUGCCAGAUAUAGCAACGAGACUGGCUGGAGUGACGGGAUGUCUUUCAUUAUCGCUGUCGGAUCAUGCCUGGGCACUACAAUCCCCUUUUUCCUCGCGCUGCUAUUUUCAGUCCACGAUCUCAACGCAGUCGCAAGCUCUGGGCUCCCUAUCAUGGAAGUUUUCUACCAAGCUACAGGCAAUCGUCGGGAUGCUUGUACUGUUCUUACAGUUUGGGUGUUGUUCAACUUCUUCGGAGUUACUGUAUCCUGCCUCGCAACUGCAGGACGUCUUACCUGGGCAUUCGCUCGGGAUAAUGGUCUUCCCUACUCCAAGAUCUUCGCAAGCGUCAACUCCAAGUAUUUGACUCCAAUCAACGCCACGGCCAUCUGCGGCCUCUUUUGCAGCCUCUACGGGUUGAUUUAUAUUGGAUCGACUGCGGCCUUCAACAGCAUUAUAUCCAUGGCGAUCUUGGCGCUCAAUAUAAGCUAUGCUACACCCCAGGCAAUCCUCCUUUUCCGUGGUCGUGACAAGGUUCUACCUCCGCGCAGUUUUAGGCUGGGUAGAUUUGGACCCUUUGUCAAUGCGUUCUCCUGUAUAUGGUGUGCAUUCUAUGCUGUUAUUUUCUGCUUUCCUGUGACCCUACCUGCUGAGGUAGCAAGCAUGAAUUAUGUCAGCGUAGUCCUCGCUGGAAUUGUGCUUUUCAUACUCCUGUUUUGGCUCAUUUCGAAAAGAAAGUCGUUUACUGGCCCGGAUAUUACUGUUGAGGGUGUUGAAACUAUUCAAGAACAGAUUAAUCAGUUGCAACAAAUAUCUGGCAAGGAGCGUGUAUAA